AUGGCCGAUGAUGGCAGGUCAGCGACAGACAUCAUCACCUAUAUCGGUGUGCCAUUGGCGGUGCUGGGAGUUCUCCCUAUUCUCUACAACACAUUCGCAACUCUCGCGUCUCUCUCCCGCAUAAGGCGCAUGCUCCGGCGGAGUCGCCUGACUGCGCUGACACGUAGCGAUGUUGUGAAUCGCGUCAUCGAAAUCGACUUGCCGCGAUACGCCGUCAUGCCCUUGGACAGGUUUCAGAACAGAUCAGAGUACUGGACCCUGUCGCGCCACCCCAGCUCGAUUCCCGGCGGCAGCUGGACAACGUUCAACUGGAAGACGAACGCUAUCGGGAUGAAGACUCAGCGCGUUGAGUAUGCCGAUCAGGUGCGCCAGCCCCAGGUCGAGGUCGCGUUUGACGAGCUGGUUUCCUAUCUCCUGGAUCUCGGAGCCGUCCCGGAUCCCCAUGGCUGGAAGUUGCUGAGAUCCACGGGACUGUGGGCACCCGUGGGCUGCUCCUUGAUGAUGUCGCCUGACGGGAGAGAAAAGGCUCUUUACCUUGCCCCGCUGGACGACUCAGACGGACAUUUAUCACUCGCUGUGGCAUGGUCCAGCUCUUGGAUUACUCGCGAUCACGCCCAUCUCCCGCCAUACUGGGUUCGCUUACCGUCAUUGGCUGGGAAAUCAAGCGAAUUGACAACUCCUAGUGAGAAGAAGGACGACAAAAAAGUACAGGAUGCCGACGAGGACCAGAUCCAGAGCGGAAGCGCCAGCGAAGCAGCAAGCCAUGACGAUGCCAACUCCAUCGAGCAUCAAGUUGACACAACCAUGGAAAGCGACAUUACUUGCGAGAUAUCCUUAUCCGGGCUUGUCACAGCUCUGGUAGAAGGAGGUCUUCACAGCAACAGCGCGCCUGAGAGCCUCUAUAUCGAACAUCUCCGCAUACAGUCGCGAAAGUCCAACGGUGUCUGGUUUGCGAGCGCUGCUACAGCGUACGGCACUUCCAGUCAGACAAUCCUGUGGAACUACAAGAUCCCGGAUGACAUCCUAUCGUUUUCUAGAAAAGAAACGGUGCCGUGUGGCGUCUUGGUGUUGCUCGGCAUGGUGGAUGAGUCGGAGACGCCCGAGUGGGCUACCAAGCACCAUGACUACGGCGCUUCUCUUGAUCUAUUCACACAGAGAACCAGAGAAUCGCGCCAAGCGAUGGAGGCGGAAGCCAGAAUGAACCCAGCUCAGCGUGAACAGGCCGUCAGAGACAGGAUGCGCAGAGAAUCAGACCAGCGGAUGCAGGACAUGCGAGAUAGAACGAGAACCGAGCACCAGCGGCGUGACCAGCGGGCCAUGGAAGCUCUGCAGAGCCCAAAAUGGGACACAAAGCUCGUUGCUGAUUACUGCUUUACGUGGUUGAAAGCUCGACACAUUUGGGACGAAUCUCUGUCCGUAAAGCAAGUUGUUGGCUUCAUGCUGCAUCGCAUGGUUCGCGACGGAGAAUUCACGUCGACAAUCUGCAAGAUGCUGGACACUUGGAAGGCGUGGGCGGAUAUGGGAGGCAUGAGAAAGUCCGACUACCAGACCAUUCAAGAGAACCAAUCGACAUUUGCUGAAGCAACGCUAUUGAUUGCCUUGAUUAAAGACACGUCUGAUGCCUUGGAGGGGACGCUGGCCAUGGACUUGCAGGAAUGUUUACGAAUGUGGCACAAAGUGCGGCUUGGAAAUUACACCGCGUCCAACCCGCCGAGUGUCCCCAAGUCCUCCGAUCCCGUACGGUUUGGGAUACUAGGCGCUGCCAACAUAGGGCCAGAUGCUCUAUUCAUUCCAGCCCGCUCCCAUCCCGAAGUGGUGGUUCAAGCGGUAGCCGCGCGAGAUAAAACAAAAGCAAAAGAAUAUGCCGAUAAACACGGUAUCCCAGUGGUACUAGACUCUUAUGAAGCUUUGGUUGCCGAUCCAUCCAUUGACGUUGUUUAUAUCGCUCUGCCAAACGGUCUACAUUUUCAGUGGGCACUGGCAGCACUCGAGAAGGGUAAACACGUUUUAUUGGAAAAACCUUCUGUGUCCAAUGCAGAAGAAGCAAAACUGCUCUUUCAAUCACCUCUGUUGAAUAAGCCUGGAGCGCCUAUUUUGCUCGACGCCGUACAUUACAAUUUCCACCCGACAUGGCAAUACUUCAUGUCUCAAAUCAGCCAAGCCGACGUCGUUUAUGCUAGCCAUUCGGUAUUAGUCCCUACGGGCAUCAUCAAACCAACUGACAUACGAUUCAACUAUGCCUUGGCCGGCGGGGCAAUCAUGGACAUCGGGUCUUAUGGAAUAUCGGCACUGCGAGCCAUCUUCGCAGCAGAGCCAGAAUCCUGCAUUGAGAGUAAUCUGAAACCAACGGUGCCGCCAGCAAGCGAGCUUUGUGACGCAGAGUACACGGCCAAGAUUCAAUUUCCCAACGGCGCGAUUGGAGAGAUACAAGGAACAUACAAUCAAUCAUGGUCAAAGUUCAAGCUUCCCAAGAUUGAAGUUUUGCACCGAGGGGUUGAAGUUCACGAUGAUUCGCUUGGGCCCAACCAAGUGAAAAUACGGACGCGAAAAGUCGUGUUCUACGGACACAUGUUUGCCACCAUAUAUAAUCGCAUCGAUACAGAGGAUACCUAUGAAGUGCGCAACAAAGACGAUCAGCAGCCCAUCAAGAAGUGGACGGAAAAGAAUUGCAAAUCGGUUCAUUCCUUCCGGGAGAUUGACGUGGAACAACCUGGCGAAUUUUACUGGAAGUCUUACAGAUACCAACUGGAAGAGUUCGUCAAUCGGAUCAAAGGUCGCAGUGGAAACGGCAUAUGGGUUUCAGGGGAUCAAAGUAUAGCACAGAUGAAGGCCAUAGAUAUGGUUUAUGAGAAAUCGGGUUUCGGCGUGCGGCCGUCCCAUGAGCGGCCAGUUUCAUGA